AUGUGUACAUUUAAUCCGGCAGAAUCACCCCAGAUGAUCUGCAGAGAGGCUAAUGCUAAAGAACCUGUCCGUUGGAGUUGGGGCAAGGGUUGGCGACAAUCCUACUCACUCCCUGCGUUCUCGCCGCCUCCAGCAUCUGAAAGAGAGGAUCCAGAAUAUCUCGAUGUUCUAGUGAAACAGCAUAAUAGUGCUUUUGCUGCAGCAGCAACACCUACUCUUGAUACUCGCUCCUCAAAUUAUUAUCUUUAG